AUGACCAUGUUGGAGAACCCUCCUGCCAGCAGCCCGCCAGAAAUUAUUGGCUAUGUCGAUCCGUGGAUUGCCAGUCCUGGCAGUACAAUCGAUGUUAAGGUUUCGUCAACAGAACCAGACUUAAACUAUCAUGUCACUCGUCUCAUUCACGGCCCCCAAGGUACCGAUACGUCAGGAAUGAAGCCUGAGAUCAUCUCGUCCAUAUUGCCUGGAAGCUGCAAAAGUCGAUAUCAGGUUGCGCAUCCAGGGUCCUACGCCAUUAUUUCCAACAGAGAUUACCAAGUUGGAUCCACUGGUUUGGAGUUCAGCCUUUAUUUCCAGUCGCAUCUUGUUGAAGCGAAGCAUGUCCAAACCCUCGUUUCAACUCUUGAUAUAUCAACAAAGACUGGAUACGCGGCAAUAUUGACUGCUGGAGGAUUCGUUGCAUUCUGGAUCGGAACAGGCAAAAACGUAGAAGUGGUGUCUACUGAGUUUAAACCUGAUCUAAAAAGAUGGAUCGAGCUCCGUUUCACUAUUCGAGGAGCGGAAUUUGAGUAUCAGAUCAGUCCCAAGUCUACCUUUGCAGACAUUCCUCAGCCGGCGAGCAGCGGAGAAAAGACCCUUGACUACGAAGCGGCUAUUACAAAACCAUGCAUUUUAACUCUAUCAGCAAUGUUUGCCGAUGGCCCUGUUGAAGCAUCCAACCAUCCGAUCAAUUUUUUUAAUGGUCGCAUUGAUAGCCCUACGAUGAGAUCGGCUUGUUCCAAUAACCACAUACUGGCGAAAUGGGAUUUCUCCUUGAAAAUGUCAACUGACAGCAUCGUUGAUGUGUCUGGAAACAGGGCAGGGGCAGAAGGUCGCCUUAUAAAUGCGCCUACAAGGGCAGUGACGGGACACGAUUGGGAUGGCAUGGAAUCAGACUGGACUAAAGCAAAAUACGGUUACGGAGCCAUUCAUUUUCAUGAAGACGACCUUGAUGAUGCGGCUUGGGAAACUGAUUUUUCGAUAACCUUGCCCGAAAACCUCAGAUCUGGUGUCUAUGCAAUCGAACUUGAAGCACAGAAUGGCAGUGCAAAAGAUACCGUACCGUUCUAUAUACGCCCUACACCAGCUACAAGUGCAGCGCUUGGAGCAAAGGUUGCGUACAUUAUCUCUACUUUCACUAUAAGCAUGCGGAAAAAACAGCCAAUUCUGAAUAUGCGUCCCGACUACAUCAGUUGGAAUUUUCACAGACCUCGAGGUCUUAGUGCUGAUUUGUUAAUGCUAGAAUAUCUUGAGAAAAGUGGCAUUCCAUACGAUGUUGUCUGCGAUCAUGAUCUGCAUACUUCUGGAAAAGCCAGCAUUAGUCGCUAUGGCACCAUUAUUACUGGUUCUCAUCCAGAAUACCAUACUGUUGAGAGCCUUAGUGCAUAUGCAGACUUCAUCAAGGCCGGUGGUAACGUGAUGUACCUUGGAGGAAACGGCUUCUAUUGGAGCUGUGCCACUCAGGACGACUAUUUCCAUAGAGUCGAGAUUCGCAGAGGAGGAGAAGGAAUAAGAUCGUUCACUAACCCCGGGGGUGAUCGCAUUUUCAGCAGUAAUGGGCAGUCGGGUCUAUUGUGGAGGUCUCGAGGCCUGCCUGCUAAUUGUUUGUUCGGCGUCGGCUGCUGUGCAGAAGGUCCGGGUCCAGGCGUGCCGUAUAAGAGAACAGACGCCGGGAAAGAAACAUCAUUCGCGUGGAUGUUUGAUGGCAUUGGAGAAGACGAGCUGCUUGGCGAAUUUGGCUUUGGAGGUGGCGCAAGUGGCGAUGAGAUGGAUAAAUGCGAUUACAAGAUUGGAAGUCCACACAAUACGGUCGUUGUUGCGACUAGUACAGGACACCCAGACAGAUUUGGGAUGUUUCCUGAAGACAUCUCAUUCCCUUUCCAGAACGUCCUCGGCACUCAGACCAGAGAGGUCAGAUCUGACGUAACAUACUAUGAAACGAACGGUGGCGGUGCUGUUUUCAGCGUUGGGAGCAUCAAUUGGCUUUGCUCGCUGGGAUGGAACCAUUUGCAAAACAACAUCGCACGCCUCACAGGAAAUGUUCUCAAAGAAUUUGUGAGCAGGCAUAAGUAA